AUGAUUAAGUCCCGGGGCUCUAGAUCGAUAGGACCUGUCUGUAAGCGCCUCAGUGAAAAAGACUAUGUAAACAUUAUGCUGAAUCAGCUUGACGUCACCAAACAACCAUCCAAUUUAUUCUCCAGCACCAAACAACUAUCCAAUCUGUUCUCCAGCACCAAACAACCAUCCAAUCUAUUCUCCAGCACCAAACAACCAUCCAAUCUAUUCUCCAGUACCAAACAACCAUUCAAACAAUUCUCCAGUACCAAACCACCAUCCAAUCUAUUCUCCAGCACCAAACAACCAUCCAAUCUAUUCUCCAGUACCAAACAACCAUUUAAACAAUUCUCCAGUACCAAACAACCAUUCAAACAAUUCUCCAGUACCAAACAACCAUCCAAUCUAUUCUCCAGUACCAAACCACCAUCCAAUCUCUUCUCCAGCACCAAACAACUAUCCAAUCUAUUCUCCAGCACCAAACAACCAUCCAAUCUAUUCUCCAGUACCAAACAACCAUUCAAACAAUUCUCCAGUACCAAACCACCAUCCAAUCUAUUCUCCAGUACCAAACCACCAUCCAAUCUCUUCUCCAGUACCAAACAACCAUCCAAUCAACUCUCCAAUACCAAACAACCAUCCAAUCUAUUCUCCAGUACCAAACAACCAGCCAAACUCUUCUCCAGUACCAAACAACCAUCCAAUCAACUCUCCAAUACCAAACAACCAGCCAAACUCUUCUCCAGUACCAAACAACCAGCCAAACUGUUCUCCAGUACCAAACAACCAUCCAAUCAACUCUCCAAUACCAAACAACUAUCCAAUCUAUUCUCCAGUACCAAACAACCAGCCAAACUCUUCUCCAGUACCAAACAACCAUCCAAUCAACUCUCCAAUACCAAACAACCAGCCAAACUCUUCUCCAGUACCAAACAACCAGCCAAACUCUUCUCCAGUACCAAACAACCAUCCAAUCAACUCUCCAAUACCAAACAACUAUCCAAUCUAUUCUCCAGUACCAAACAACCAGCCAAACUCUUCUCCAGUACCAAACAACCAUCCAAUCAACUCUCCAAUACCAAACAACCAUCCAAUCUAUUCUCCAGUACCAAACAACCAUCCAACCUUUUCUCCAGUACCAAACAACCAUCCAACCUUUUCUCCAAUACCAAACAACCAUCCAAUCUAUUCUCCAGUACCAAACAACUAUCCAAUCUAUUCUCCAGUACCAAACAACCAUCCAACCUUUUCUCCAGUACCAAACAACCAUCCAACCUUUUCUCCAAUACCAAACAACCAUCCAAUCUAUUCUCCAGUACCAAACAACCAUCCAACCUUUUCUCCAAUACCAAACAACCAUCCAAUCUAUUCUCCAGUACCAAACAACCAUCCAAUCUAUUCUCCAGUACCAAACAACCAUUUAAACAAUUAGCCGUUACGUUUUAA